GCAUAAUCUACUUCCGUACAUAUGGACUAAUAUUUUCUACUUGAUGAUGGAAAAAAAAACAAUGAAAUAAAACACUAUUGCUGGAAUUACUAUUUAAAUUAAUCCAAUCUAAAAAAAAUAAGGUUGAAGCAUUGUUAUAAAUUGACGUUGUUUUACAGUUCAGAGUGACCAGCAGAAAAUCAGUAAAUAAAGUUACCUUAUUGAAAAUUGUUAUUGAGAUAUUUUGAAAUGCGUAUAUACAUUCCCAUAUCGAAAUCAAUUUAACUGUCAGUUGAAAUAUUAAUAUGAUAUGAAUAGUGAGUACGGUUAAUAAAUUUAUAACAACAAAUAAUUGUUCUAUUAAAUAAUUAUUCUAUAUGUAAAAAAAAAAAAAAAAUUAAAAUGACACGAAAGAAAAAUAAUUUAACAAUGUCCAAAAAAAGGUCAUUGAAUCGUAAAACUACAAUUGACGCAAUAAAAAGACAAGCUUCAUAUGAAAGGUUAAUAACAUUAAUUAAAGAAAGUAGAAAACGUCAAAUCAAGAAAGCAAAACAAUUUCAACAAAAUGAAAAAGUAUCAACAUCUUCGUUGAAUGACAGUGUAAUAAUUUUAAGUGACAAUGAAAAUGAACAAACUGAAAAGAUGAAAUAUACUACUCAAGAUAAUAAUACAAAUGAAACUGUACAUUCUACACUUGGACAACUUUUUAAAUCUUUUCAAUGCUUACGUAAAUCUAAUGAACAUGGCAUUUCUAAUAGAAUUAUGAAUAGCACAGAAAGUAAUAAAUCAAGAAGAAAUAUGAUAGAAUGUUCGAGUCCUGAUACAUCAUGUUGUAUAGUUUCAGAUUCAACAAAUUUGAAAUCUAAAGUUUUAAAUACAAGUUCUACUAAUGAAAUAUCUUCAAAUAAUAAAUUAAAUGAAUCUGUCGAUGAUAUUGUUGUAGUAUGGUCAUCCAUAAACAAUUCAUCGACAAAUAGAUCUAUAUCAAAUAAAACAGACAUAGAAGAUAUUUCAGAUGAAGAAAAUCAAUCACGACUUUUUAUGUUAGAUUAUGAUGGAGAUCCUAGCAAUCUAACAUGUUUAAAAUCAGUUUCAGAAGAGCAUGAUAAGAGAACAAAUAAUGAUAACGAUCUACUAUUUAAUAAACCUGGCUUACAGUUACCUCAUUGUUCUAAACCAAACUUUUCUAUUAAUGUAGAACCUCAACAAAAUAUGAGAAGGAUCAGUGCAAAAUUUUAUGGUACAGCAUUUAAUACUAAGCAAGUACAAUUUGAACAAGUAAAUGAAGCAGACCAAAAUAAAUCUAAGAAAUUAAGGGAAAUAAUUAUCGAUGGCUGUAACGUUGCGAUGGCACACACGCAUGGCAAAUCAUUCUCAGAAGCAGGAUUAAAAUUAGUAAUAGAUUAUUUUCAACAGAGAGGACAUUCUGUUAAAGCAUUUGUACCUCAACAUAAACGAUCUCUCUCACAUCGACUUCUUGAAAAACUGUGGAAGGAAGGAACAGUUGUUUUUACACCAAGUAGAAGCAUUGCUGGUAAAAAUAUUACUUCCUAUGAUGAUCGAUUUAUAUUGGAGUAUGCAACAAUGUGCAAAGGCAUAGUUGUUUCUUUAGAUCAAUUCAGAGAUUUAUACACAGAAAAGCCAGAAUGGCGUGAUACUAUUGAAAAUCGAUUAUUAGCACCAACUUUUGUAGGAAAUUAUGUUAUGUUUCCUGAUGAUCCAUUAGGAAGAGAUGGUCCUACGUUGGCCCAAUUUCUGAGACACGAUUCAUAACAUUACU